AUGCGAUAUCGCAAAGCUCAGGCGCGCGGCGCUUUGUCUCCCAGGCUUACCUCAGACGAAAGUGGACUGAUCAGGGGCGCUAAGCACUCGCGAAACACCAGUCUAUCCUCGAUCUACGGAGGCUUGUUUUCUCGGGCGCUCCCGGAGAACGUGCUGUGCUCGGGCGUCGAUGACAGCGAUGAUGAGGUGGAGAGCCAGCGGCGGUCUCUCGCCAUUGACAAGUACUUGGAUACUGAGCGGGAGGAGCGCAAACGCCGCCUCAACGUCAUAGCAAUUGGCUCGUGUGAGCAGAAACGCAUACUGUGGAAGCAGAUGCGAUUGAGGGUGCACCCGCUACGGCUGGAUGAGCAGGGUCCUCUCUGCGCGGACGUCAAGAAGACAGUGCUGGAUGUGGCAAUUCGGUGUCUAAAAACGGCCCUUGACGAACUGGAGGGGAGCGAAAUCCGAAAUAUCCAGCUAAAUCAGGAGGUCAUAGCUUCAACCAGGGAGCUACUUCACGAGAUUGACUAUUUUCUGGAGUAUGAUGAAGCAGCAGCAGCAGAGUUGGUCCUCCAGAUUGCUCAGGGAUCCAAGUUCAACGACCAGCUCGACGCCCACCGAAUUAGUUUUCCAGCUGUGCAACACCUGGUUCUUGAUGAAAAAUGCCCUUCAUUUCUGGCCUGCACAUGCACGGAUGAUCACGAUAUCAUGGAAGUCCUGGAGCGUGUGUUUUUGCCCGGUUAUCGCGCCACCGAGCAUGACUGGUUUCACUUCGAGAAGCCUUACCACGGAGUAUUCGUCCGAGAAAUACAAAUCGAAGAAGGCGACAAGAUCCUGAACUUCAUCGACCUUUACAACCGUGCCGAAAGGAAGAGAUGGGUGCAUGUCUUUGAGGACCUUGCCGCAUUGGUUUUUGUUGCGGAUCCAUCACGAUACGACGUUACUCUCGAGGACGAAUGUAGGCCUCUUGAUGAGUCUUUACUCUUGUUUGACUCCAUAAUCAACUCCAACUGGUUGAGAAACACACCAGUUGUGCUGGUAUUGUCGAACUUGUCCGCCUUUUGGAAGAAGCUGGAAACACGCCCUCUCUCCGAGGUGUAUGGCCAGUACAAGGGCGUAAAUGACCAAGCCGCCUUGGAUUUUAUCACGGAAAAGUUCAAGAGUCUCAAUCGCACAGGGAAGCAAGUUCGCAUAUAUCACUCUCGCGGGGUUGGGGUUGACAAUCAGUAUGGAUUUCUCGAUCUUCUGGAAGGAGCAAUUGGUACUUAG